ACUCGUUUCUAUCCCUAAACUAGGCUGAUAGAGAUUACAGGUCGCAUUCGGUUCCGUUAUCCGGCAACUGCAGUACAGAGCACCGAGUCUUCUUCACGAAUUUUCUCUCCUUUACAAUUCAGCGCCAUGACCACCCCCACCAACCACCACAAAGUCGUCGAUCCGGCUUUCAUUGCUGUGUCCAAGGACAGUACCGCCUUCAUCAUCUGGCGUGUCGAAGAUUUGAAGCUUGUGCAGCUACCUAAAGAGGCAUAUGGCAAAUUCCAUGCCGGUGACUCGUACCUGAUUUUCAGCGCUUUCGAAACUGGCCAGCCUUGUGGCACUCUUCUCCAGCAAAUUAAAGCAGCAUCAAGCGGAAAACUUGAACGUUUCAUUCACUAUUGGCUCGGAACGGAAACUACCCAAGAUGAAGCUGGCGUAGUUGCCAUUAAGGCUGUCGAGCUGGAUGAUUAUUUGGGUGGCUCACCUGUCCAGCAACGUGAAGUCGAAGGCAGCGAGUCUACUCGAUUCAUGACUUAUUUCAAGGAUGGCAUUAGGAUUUUGCCUGGAGGAGCUGCAUCUGGUUUCAAACAUGUAACGGAUGAAUUCCAUCCUGCUCUGUACUCGGUUAAAGGCAAACGGAAUCCGAUUGUGCGCCAACUUCCGGAAGUCUCCUGGUCUCUGAUGAACGAAGGCGAUGUUUUCGUAUUGGAUUGCAAGAAAUUCAUUUUCGGAUGGGUUGGUCGAUCUGCUAAUAACAUGGAGAAAAUGCACGCUGCCAAGCUUGCGCAAUCCUUGAAGGGUGAUCAUGGUGAAUCCUACAGCACUUUGGUCAUCGUCGAAGAUGGCCAAGAACUUGCGUUGCCAGAUGCUGAGAGAGCAGCAUUUGAAGCUAUGCUCCCCAUUAAGGACAAAAAACUGAAAGCUGCCGAUGCCGAAAAAGAUGAAGCCGUGGAAACUACCACUUUCACUGAGAUUAAACUGUACCGUUGCACGGAUGAAGAUGGUACUUUGAAAGUCACCGAGAUCAAGAAAGGACCCCUUUUCCAAGCUGAUUUGAAGUCUGAAGACAGCUUCAUUAUUGACAAUGGCGCUAAUGGUAUUUUCGUCUGGGUUGGCAAGAAAGCAACUCAACAAGAACGCACAGAGGCAAUGAGAAAUGGCCAGAGCUUUGCCAAGAAGAAGGAAUACCCACCAAACACCAACGUGGUCCGCGUUCUCGAUGGAGGUGAACCUGCAGAGUUCAAGUCCUUGUUUCGCGACUGGAAAGUACGCGAUCAAGCUGUUGGCUUUGGAAGACAAGCUUCAACUAGCAAAAUCGCCAAAGUUGUUCAAACGAAAUUUGACGCAUCGACCCUCCACGAGAAUCCCAAGGCUGCCGCUAAAGCAGGAAUGGUUGACGAUGGCACUGGUAAAAAGGAAGUUUAUCGCAUUAUCGAUAAGGAGCUGUCUCCAGUUCCUCACUCUGAGCACGGCAAGUUUUACUCUGGCGAUUGCUACGUCAUCAAUUACGCGUACACAGCCGGCGGUACUGAAAAGAACAUCAUCUAUUAUUGGCUGGGUGCCACUGCCGGACAAGAUGAAAAGGGUACUGCUGCAGUGAUGGCCGUUUCCUUGGAUAACAAACUCGGAGGUCGAGCUGUUCAAAUCCGUCUUAUCCAAGGAAAAGAACCGGAGCAUUUCCUGGCCAUGUUUGGUGGCAAGCUGAUUAUUUACUCGGGUGGACGGGCUUCUUCUUUCGAGUCCCAAGAAGGUGAAAAAGAUGAUGUUUUGGGAAACACUUACAUUCUCCAAGUUCGCGGUAAUGCCGCUCACAACACUAAGGCUAUUCAGGUUCCACUGAAAGCCUCUUCUCUCAAUUCCAACGAUGUCUUCAUUUUGUUUUCGCCAACUGUCGUUUUCAUUUGGUGCGGCAAGGGUUGCACUGGCGAUGAGCGUGAAAUGGCCAAGAAAGUCGCGGCUGAUGGUAAAGCUGAUUCGCAGAUUAUGGCCGAAGGUCAAGAAAAGGAUGAAUUUUGGACAUUGCUUGGAGGCAAAGGCCCUUACAUAACAGACAUGCGAACAGCCGAGGAGAUUCAUGAACAUGAACCACGUCUCUUCCAGUGCUCAAAUGCCACCGGAAACAUAAAGGUAGAGGAAAUCCUUGAAUUUAAUCAAACCGAUUUAGCCGAGGAGGACGUGAUGGUGCUUGAUGCUUGGCAUUCAAUCUUCAUCUGGGUUGGUGUCAAUUCCAACAAACAAGAAGUCGCUUUGGUUGAAAAGGGCGUUGUCGAAUACUUGCGCACCGAUCCUAAGGGACGUGAUAUGGAUACUCCAAUUCUUAAGGUUCACCAGGGCUGCGAACCGCCCACUUUCACGGGAUUUUUCGGUGCUUGGGACCCCACCAGCUGGGAGAACCGAAUGGAUUUCGAGAAAAUGAAAGCAGAACUCAUGAAAACCAAUCCCAACAUGACAAUUACCAUGUCCAUUAAGGGUGUUGGAGGUGAGAAAAAUCGAUAUCCGCUAGUUGUUUUGCAAGAGAAGGACGCAGAGAAGCUUCCCGCUGACGUAAAUCCCAGUCAGAAGGAGCUGUCUCUUCACGAUGCCGAGUUUUCCCGUGUGUUCAAAAUGGAACGUGCCGCUUUUGACGCGUUGCCUGGAUGGAAGCGCGAUCAAUUGAAGAAGGGUGCUGGCAUUUUUUAAUUUUUAAGUUUGAUCCAAGUAAAAAAUAAGAAAAGGAAAUAGUGGAACUAAGGUUUUAUCCUGUCGCUUUACGUUUCUUCCUGUUAAUUCCGCUGCCAUCUUUAUUCUUUAUCCCUUUCGCCCUAAUUUGAGAUUUUAUGUUUUCGGGCCAUCGGCCAAGAGGCCGGUUUUAAUCACAUAUAUGUUCCCCCAUUAUAAGUAUCGCUGGCAUGUCCAAUAGAAACAAUGAAAAUA